AGCCCUUCUCCUUGCUGGUGUAGUCAAGCGGCAAAGGAAGAGCAGAAAGACCAUCAGAUUGGGGCAGCUCGAUCUCUAGGUUUUCCACCCUUUCCUAAUCAAUGGAUAGUUUCGCGCUCCUUUCCAGAUUCUCCCUUCUUGCCGCGGGUCCAAAUCCCCACGAGGUCAUCAGCCGGCGGCGGCCUACUCCUUUUUCCUUUCCCCCUCUACCUGCGAGAAGAAGCAGAAGGGUAGGAAGCAGAGGAGGUCCUGGAUUCGUUACUUUCGCUCUAACGAGUGGAAGCAGCGAUCGAGCCUCAUCUAGUAUUGGGAAAGAGCUCAAUGCGCAGUUUUUUGCUAGUGUUACGUCUUCAGGCAACGGCCAAUUGACAACAAGUAGCGCAAAUGCCCCAAUUCCUGUGCUGUCAUCAUCGUCAUCCAUGGGUUCACCACUGUUUUGGAUUGGAGUUGGAGUUGGUCUGUCAGUCAUUUUUCAAGUGGUUGCAAAUAGAUUAAAGGUGAGUCCCUUUGCAGCUUGUACCCUUUUACACUGUCCAGGUCUCUUUUGGAAAGAACAAGAUGAUCUUCCUAUCCUUAGAAAGACAUAUGCCCUUCAGCAAGCUUUCAAGACGAUGAUGAACCAAGCAGCACCUCAAGGCGAACAAUUUAGCAGUCCUCCGUUUGGAUCAAGCCCACCAUUUCCAUUUCCUACUACAAUAAUGCCUCCACAAAAUCCCACACCACCACCACCUAAACAUGUUUCUGUGCAGGAACCAGUUACAGUAGAUGUUGCACCAACUAAGGUUGAAUCAACCUCGUCAUCUGAGGUUCAGGCCCCAAAAGAAGAAUCACAAUCGAAGAAAUUUGCGUUUGUGGAUGUUUCUCCAGAAGAACUAUUUCACAAUGAACGUUCCUUUAUGAAUGAGGCAUCAAAGGCAAGCCCAAUGGAGACUCAAUCAGCUAAGGAAAUACAAACGAAUGGAACUGUAAAACAGAAUGCAAGUUCUUCAACCGAACAACCUGAUUAUCGUCAAUCAUCAUCUCCCUUAUCAGUUGAUGCAUUGGAGAAAAUGAUGGAAGACCCUACCGUGCAGAAAAUGGUUUACCCCUAUUUACCUGAAGAAAUGAGGAACCCAGAGACAUUCAAGUGGAUGAUGCAAAAUCCUCAAUUCCGGCAACAAAUGCAAGAUAUGCUGAACAAUAUGGGUGGAAAUAAUGAAUGGGACAACCGCUUAACAGAUUCCUUGAAAAACUUUAAUCUCAACAGUCCUGAGGUCAAGCAGCAAUUUGAACAGAUAGGACUUACACCAGAAGAAGUUAUAUCUAAGAUAAUGGCCAAUCCUGAUGUUGCCAUGGCGUUUCAAAAUCCUAAAGUGCAAGCUGCCAUAUUAGAUUGUUCUCAGAAUCCACUUAGCAUUGCAAAGUAUCAGAAUGACAAGGAGAUCAUGGAUGUGUUCGCAAAGAUCUCAGAACUCUUUCCUGGUGCAUCGGGGUACCCAUGAACGACUCAUUAAUUCAAGGUUGGUAGGAGAAAUUUUGUUGGUUGCCAAAAGGAUGGCGCGAAAGGCAACCUGAGUGCUUACCGUAGAUCCUGGAAGUUGGUCUGGUGUUUGAGUCUGGUUAUUCACAUACUAAAAUAUGUGAUUAAGGUAACCUCACACUUUGUUCCUUCAUGAAAAACAGCAUUACAUAGUUUGGAAGGACCCUUGGAACUUAGUUAAUAUCUUCGUGUAACACUAGGUUUAGUUUCCCUUCCUACCAUAUGUCACAACUCACAACUAUGAUAGUAACGCGUGAUUUCUCUUUUAUAA